AUGUUUAGCUUUAGUACUACACUUGAGACCUUGAUUCUCAAGUAUUCGGUUCUUGUGGAUGUUCCUUCUCCAGUUUGUAUGAAGUCCCUCAGAACUCUUCACCUUGAUUCUGUGGAUUUCAAAGACAGCAAAUCUAUUCGUAACCUUAUAUCUGGCUGUCCUAAUCUUGAAGAUUUGUUCAUUUAUCAAUGUUACCGUAAGGACGUUGUGCUGACAUUCACUAUAGUGGCACCAUUCUUGAAGAGGCUAGUGAUUACAGAUUACUUUGUUGGAUCAGAGAAAGGGGGCUAUGUAAUAACUGCUCUUUCUUUGAAAUACUUGACACUUAAAGGGGUUAGUCAUUACGGGUGUUGUUUGAUUGAGAAUGCGCCAAUGUUAGUUGAGGCAAUAAUUAGAAAAGUUUCUUAUAUAGCCAAUGAGAAUAUUGAGGGAUCUCUCACUUCAGUCAAACGUCCUUUGUUGGACUUAUCACCCUUGGAGUUUCCAACUGAUAGUAUCUUCUAUCAGCUAGUACAUCUAAAGAUGUAUACACGUAAAGAGGAGUGGUGGAAUCUACUUACGCUCAUGUUUAAUAGCUCACCUAAACUACAAUUCCUUAAGCUCACUGAUGAAAAACGCAAGUUUAGAAAACAUGGUUUGGUCGGCGGGAAAUGGAAUGAACCAAAGAAUGUUCCUGAAUGUUUGGUGUCUCACCUAAAGAUGUUUGUGUGGACAAGAUACCGUUGGGAAAGAGAAGAAGAGAAAGAAGUGGCUACAUACAUUCUAAAGAAUGCAAGACAAUUGAAGAAUGCAAGUUUCUCAACAAGACCUAUUGAUUGA